AUGGUAAUUCUGAUGACUCAGUGUAAACAAUUAGAAGAAGGGAGAUUAAUGAGAAGGAAUAAGGAAGUUAGAAAGAAUGGUGCCGAAUUAACUAUUGAAAGGUCGACUGCUUCAAAGAGCCCAUUCACGUUAUUGAAUGGUAUUGUACUUGGAACCAAAUGGUGUGGCACUGGAGACAUAGCUAAAAACUACUUCGACUUAGGAACAGAUUCAGCCGUCAACUCUUGCUGCCGAACUCAUGAUCUCUGUCCCGUGAAGGUCAUGGCUAACUCCAAAAAGUAUGAACUCGUCAACCAUUCCUUAUUCACCAAAUCCCAUUGUAGAUGCGACGAUGAAUUGUUUCAAUGUCUCAGAAAGUCUCUAACAUCUCCAUCUGGCAACUUGAUGGGACAGAUUUAUUUUAAUAUAGUUUAA